AUGACAUCUGUGCUACAGGAGGCCGAUCAGACGCAAUGGCCAAUUGAGUCGAUAAUUGCGGCUCUCUAUGCCAGAAUAGAGAGCAUUUUACCCAUCAAAUCUGGCAUGACCGUUUCGCAAAUUGAGUCGGAUAAUAACUACAAAGAAGCCAAAAAUCAUCUUUGCAAGGUGGCGGAUAGCAUGUGGAUUAACGACAUUGCUGCUUGUACGGCGACUACUAUCGAACACAUUAAUAAAUUCGACAACAAUGUCCCCAUAGAGGAAAGAAAACCAACCUCGAUUGCAUCAUUAGAACUGAUACUAGGCUUGCUAGUAGACUUCAUAAAUGUCAUAUGGAGCAGUCACCACUUGAAAAUGGACAGCAACAAAGAAGCGUGCAGUGAAAACUCAGAGCUUGCAAUCUCGCAAGCCAAUAUUUCGAAGCGGCUGUACUUUAAACCCCGCAAGAUAGCACCACUGAUAGCCAAACAACUAAUAUCGCUGUUGAGUGAUCUCAAAACCCACACACGCUGUCUACAGGCUGUUCAGAUCCUGACGUCAAACCAGAGUUAUACCGCCAAAAUUUCCGAAUAUGAGCGCAAAGAUAUUCAGAAAAUUGAUGAACAUUGUGAUGACAUAGUCAAGUACCUUGCAGCGAGCAACGCAUCCGAAUUCUUUGAAUUUUUGGAGAACAAGUAUAGAAGAGUUGGAUUCGAAGCCUUGUUUGUUCCGCGCUCCGAUUUCAUUGCUCUUGCCUACUUGGAUUCCGACAAUAUCAUUGCCUAUCUAAAGAUAGUCAAGAGCGUUAUUCAGUUAACCACUCGUCAAUCACAACAAAACCUUAUUCUGUAUUGGUCUUCUGAGAGCAUAUACAACUGGGCAGUCACGCGAACGCGUGAAUUUUUGAAGAGCUCCAAGUCAGUGAAUUUGAACACACAGGCAGAGUCGCUAUUUGAUUAUGUUUACAAAUUUGCGGAAGUCAAAGCGUAUUCACUUCCUGUCUAUCGAUUUUUGGCGACCGUUCUUCUUUUGGCUCCCGUUGCGUAUGAAAAAUAUCUCGAUGAAAGACAAUCAAAGUCAUCAACACUGACAUUCAAGAGAUCUGUUGGGCGUUUUAGCUCGAAACACAAGUUCCUCACAGAUUUAACUCAGAUAUUCCAGAAAUCUCCUUCCUCUACUGAUAGCUUGAUCAAGGUCAUGCUCGUGGGAUCUUCUUUAAGCUUGUACGAGCCACAUCACCCGCUAGGCAAAUUUGCCACGAACACUUAUGAUCAACUGAGGCUCGAUCUGAGUAUGGAUAAUAUGGAGUAUUAUCCGAGCAACCUGGAGCCCGAGCUGGUCGAUAGCUACAGAAUUGAAGUUUAUGCUGCUGGCUUUAUCUUAAGACCCAAAAAGCUAACUUUGGAAGCAAUAGAUGCAUUUCAGAAUUAUUCCUCGAAACCCAUCUGCUUAUCGAAUAUCACGGGGGGUAUCAAAACUCUUGUCAACAAACUCACCACGGGGAAGUUCUUGCUGGCUUACUUGAAAACCUUGUUUCCCUACAUGCUUUCAACUUUACAGAAGCUGUCCAUUCAAAAUACAACCACUUAUGCGGUGCUUGACUCAGAUUCAAUACCGAGUAAUGAUUCCAAUGAGUCUGUGGUGGAUAUCAGAGACGUUUUGCAGCAAAGUGUUGUCGCCAAAAAUGCCCAGUCAAAGACGGAAGUCCCAACUACACCCACCACCGAAUCAGAAGUGGACGAACUUUCGGCCACAACCUCACACAAGGAGGGUCCCUCUUCGAAACAUAUUUCCAGUACCACCCAUACAACUGAGCAAAACUCUACCAUGCUCAAAUACGUUUAUAAACCGAAGAAUUUUUCCUCAAAAGUCAUUGCUCCCCUCAAGCACACUCUUUCGACGUCAUCAUCCUCUCUCGCUAUGGCAUCUAUAUCAUCUGCUCCAUCGUCAGUACCCUCAACGUAUUCGACUACAUCUGGACCGGUUUCUAUCAAAGACAUUAUGGGUACAAGUUCAUUUUCCCGAAGAUCCACGCAAUCAUCGUCUACUUCUAGUGGUAACACAAGCCACAGCAUUGACGAUGCUCCUCAUCUUGUCAAAAUGAAGGUUAAUGUUCUUGCCACUUCGAGGCAAAGUCUUAUCAACAUUUUGCAAACUCUAAAAUAUUGCCCGACAAUAUUCUUUCAUGCUUUAGCUCCUGACGUUGAGAACAGUCUUUCUAUUUUCGAAGAGCAAUUUUCCGUGGCGAUGGCGCCUAUCGUGAAACUGAUAUUGGGAGAGGAUCCCUAUGUCACUAAUUCUGUCAAAGAAUUUCUGAUCAGUUUCCCAAAGAGUGCUGCCGGCAGCACUAGGGAACACGCUUAUAUGGGUCAUCUGGCGUCAAUAGUCAUCCUUGACUUAAUCUCCAAAAUGUGCAUCUCCAGACACACGAAUCGGGAUGAGUUGGAAAAGAUGAUCUCUCUUUUAGCUGAGUUCGCAAGCCUGAGAAUGGAAUAUUUUGACUCCAGGAACUUUAGCCUGUCAAACCCACUAAUUCUUGAUUUUCACAAAUCAGGGAAAUGCUCCAAAUUGUUACAAAGCUUCGAAAAAGCUGUAUACUUGGGAUUAUUUUCUGAUAAUGCAGAAACUCAUAGACAGUCGCGCUUUUUGCUAAGCGACUUCCUGCAAAUGGUGACAGGAGGCCACCAUUUGGUUACGUGCUUCCAGGACACGGCGUCCCAUUUAGCAAGGGCAAUCCUUUCAGAUAAACUACCAUCGGGAACUAUGGCGAUGAGGAAGAAGCUGCGCGAUCACCUGGCCAACUUGGAGGGCCCAAACGAGGUCCUUCUUGACAUUUGGAAUACGAUGUACGAGAGACUGAAACUUUCGAAUGCGAUUGAGUCAGGAUCGUUAAAGUCUUCGUCAUCGAUGUCUAAUCUCGAUCAUGAGCAAUACGAAGAUUAUGCAGAUUACCUAGCAUCACUUGGAGGAAUUUUGAUGUCUCCAGAUUUUGAAGACGAUCCUCGUCACUAUGUGUUUCAGGAGAAAUUGAAAAAAUUCUUGAACUUGAAAGUUAUCAACCUUUUCUCAUCGGAUCCCAAGGAGCGAGAAGAGGCUAGAGAGGUUCUUUGUGUUUCAAUGCAUCCCUUUUUGUGUGGAGUAUACUUGGAUCUACUUACGAAACAUUUCUGGAGAUUUGAGUCAGCAUAUGAGAAGAAAGAGUAUCACAUAUGUGAGGUCAUGGUGAGUGUUUUGCGGACCAUUAGUCAAAUCGACUACGAAUCCUUGUUUUUUCAUACAGGAGAGUUUUGCGAACUCAACAUGAAGAUGUUAGUCAUGAUGGAUUCUGAAAUUGAUAAUGACUACUCGUUUUUGAAACUCAAGCUUAAGCUUUGCAAAUUGCAAUCAUCAUUUCUGCCUCGUCUAGAUGAUUUAUCUCUUAAUGGGAACAUUCUCAGAAAAAAUCAGUAUGCCAAAAUUAUUGCAAAUUACCUCGAAAACUCAUUCAACUAUCGCUUCAUCCAAGAAAAAGAAGACGAGAACAAGCGGGUUCUGAGAUUCGAAUAUAAGCCUACAAAUGCAGGUACGUCCAGAACACAGAAAGCUUUGCAGCAAGACUUGAAUGAUAUUCAUUAUGACAUAAAAGUUGAGACGUCGUUGAUACUAAAGAUCAUUCUAUUUGGUCUCCCAUUGGAUGCUUCAAAUGGUGGUAUGCAUGGAAGAGUCCACGGGAAUUUGGCAAAUGAAGUGGCAUUCAGCAACUAUUUCAAUUUGUUUGUGAGAAUUCUAGAACACCUUGAUGUUUCCGAUCAAUCUCAAGGAAUGAACAUGGCAGAUCGUCAUAGAUCCUCUAUCAUAGUUAAAAACAUUAUUCAGGCACUUAUCAAUCUGCUAAAGUCAAAUUCUGACCUUGGGCUCAAACACUCUCUCCCAUUGGGAUAUCACGAAAACAUUCUAUUGAGGUCGUCUUUCAUAAAUGUAUUUACCAGCAUUGUGAAGAAUCUUAGCAUUCAAAUGAACGCCGACUCAGAAUCUCAACGAAAAGAAAUAAUGACAGAAGGCCUUGGUCUCGUGGCGAUGGAUAGAUUACUGUUGUACUCAUGUACUCAGGUCUGUCCUACUUCAGAGGUUGACGAUUUUGCCAAAUCCUUGCUUACAUUGACAAACGAUAAGGAACUCGAGCUUUCAAUGAUUACGUCCUUACUUCGCGCGGAUAUACUAGACACAACUGACUAUGUCGAGAUUCUAAGAUCAAAUACCGUGGCUACCCGAAUGGUUGCCCUUUACUCACACAGAGUUGCCAAGAACUAUCUGGUGAGCAUUUUCAAGCCAAUCUUCUAUCAGUUGCAAAACUCGGGCGAGUACUUUGAAAUAGAGAAGAUUAGUAUAGACGACGAGAACUGUGAGGAGAAUUUGCGUCUUUUUAUGAAAUAUUUCACGAUGAUAGUUGACGCCAUCACAGGAUCUGUCGACCAAAUCCCAAAAGGCCUAAGAUUGAUAUCGAAAACAAUCUAUGAUACGACAUCUACCACGUUUCCAGAAUCUAAGCUUUCAGUUUUAGGUGCAUUCUUAUUCCUAAGACUAUUCAAUCCAGCAAUAGUUUCCCCAGAAGGCUUGAAUAUCUUGCCGUUGAUGUCCGUUCCGAUGAAGCGCUCAUUGAUGCAAAUUGCACGUAUCCUACAAUUGCUUGCCAACGAAAGCUCUGUUUCUGUUAAGAUUCCACUUUUGCAAAGUAAAAUUGAGGAGUUAAAGGAGCAAAAGGCCAAGAUCAACAAGUUUAUGGUGGAAGUGACUAAUAUUCCGGAUACUGCAUUGCUCUCAGAUGAGUUAGAGAACUUCAUUGAUGAGAACAGUAUCGAAACCGAAUACAGCUUCUUUCACAACUUUUUGUACGACCACUGGCUUGAUGUCCGCAUGAUAUAUUCUAAGCCCUCGCCUAUUUUUGAUGUUCCCAUGGAGCAACGGUUCGUGAUGAUUAGGGAAAUUGACAGCUUCCUUUCAAGAUCGGGAGUUCCAAAACGGAUCACAGUUUAUGAAAUUCCAGAAUCCAUCAAGAAUGACCAGUCUGAACGAGGUGUUCAACUUUACGAUUUUAUGUCACAAGUUUCUUUGCCCGACCGACAAUUCAAGCCUAUGAUCAAGGAAUCCAUUACGAGGGAUGGUUUUCCACUUGUAAUCGUGGAUAUGUUCCAAAUUUACCGCGAAGAAGAGAAACCCUCACCGGAGAUUCUGUGCUACCAAUUAUUUCUUACAUGUAGCAAAUACUGGGAGAACCCUUACUGCAUCUUGAUCGAUUGCACUGCCUACAACAAUGACACGCUACUGAGUCCUGUGUUGGAUUUGAUGUUCACCCUCUUAGCUGAGAAGUACAGGAAAAACUUGAAACGAUUAUACUUUUUCAAUGUUUCUUAUAGGUACUUGAAUUCACUCAAGGAGGCAAAACACCAUUUCGAAAAUCCGAACAUGCUGUCCGAUUGCGAGGUGUUUUUCGUGAGCGCAAAUGAAGACGAAAAGGCUUUAGCUAAGCAUGGUCUUACUUAUUACACCAAUGCCGUGACUAAGGAUGCUAGAGUGACGUUCCAUGAUGUGAGUCUUUAUCAGGAGAGCGUCAAACGGUUUGUUCCCGUGAAGUUGAAAAUUGGAAACAAAUUCCUUCAGAUCUUUUCUGCUCAACCUCAAAGACUCAAAUUUGGUCAGAAAAUGAAAACGCUUUACCUUGUUGAUAUUUAUCCGAUUACGACGUUAUCAACAAUGAGUCCCUCGAAUUUUACAGGGGUUGCAAACGAAAUUUCUUCAACAGAUACUAUGACAGAUUUUAGACUCAUAUUGACGUCAACCAAGAAGGCGGAAAUUAUGCGCACAAUCUACUUCUCAAAAUCAAAGUAUUCCACUGAAGUCCUGGAUAAUGAAGAGGACAGAUCCAUUGAAAAGUCAAUAGGAAAGCUUCUGAACAUAACAUUGACCGGUCUUCUUUCUCAAUUCGAUGAUGUUAGAAACGCUGCAUUCCGCUUACUCACAGCCAUGACGGAUUGCUUCAACCUAUCAGUCGGAAAAAAGAUUGUUAGCAGCGAUGCGAUGGAAUUCCCUUAUGGUGAUGUACAGUAUAUUUUUGCUCUCUCUCACCAGCUUGCCGCCAAUCACCCUCAGCUGACAUACGACUUCUUGUCCGGAUUCUUUGAUACUCUUGACUACUGCCAGGAGCAAGAACAAGACGCAUACGUCAUAUAUACUUCGCCAUGGAUCAAGAACAUAUUCAAACACGUUUAUUCGGCUGAUUCUAUCAAGGGACCAAGGAGAACUUCGGAUUUAAUUCGAAAGUUUGUCAGAGCAAGCAGGAAGUCCAAAUCAACCACACUUGCAUUCGCCCUUUAUAUAUGGGGAGAGUUGUGCUUGGAAGAUCGGCUAGUUGAAAUUGUUAUUGAUGAAAUUAUAUCUGCAGCCAUUGAUCAUGAGGCUGAAGGCCAUGGAUGGGAGGAGAUAACCAAAUAUUGGCCACUGACGCCUACAGUGGAAAUAUGUGGUUUAUUAAUUCAUAGACUCCGCGAGAGGUCAUACUUCAUUAAAAAUGACGAGUCGGAAUUGGAGUCCCACACACGAUGGAUUGAAACAACGGUUUUGACGCGUUUCUUGACGUUUCUUGUUUUUGACUCAAUAAUCUUUGUUCAGAUGUACAUCAGUGAUAUUUUUUACCUUGUCACGAUAUACAUGGAUCAAGGGCCAUUGGAGUUCCGUACAUCCAUUCUCCGUCUGGUCAUGAGAGCAUUUCAUUCGUUUUUAUCUCGAGAGGAUUUAACUCCCGCCCAAAUCAAAUUGAUUCGAGAGAAAAUAGAGCUUUUUGAAGGAGCUAGAUAUCGGAUGUUGUUUGGUUUGACCCGCCAUGAUGGAAUUGCUUCUGCCUCAACGGAACAAGCAGGAAUCGAGAUGGUGAAUAAAUCCCAUUCGAUUGCUACAGUGACGGAAUCCCUGAUAUCAUUUUUGAAAGAUCUUUGCAACCCUGCGGACUACGAACUGCAUCUCAUCAAAUGGAAUUCUUACGUGCUUAAUAUUGCCUUUUUAGAGAAGGCACAACUUCGAGGACGUGCAAUGCUUGUGUUGGGAAGCUUAGUGAGAGAGGGUGUUAGCCAUAGCAUUGUGACAAAAUUUCUAAGAGUUUUGGCAGAAAUGCUAACAAUCCAGGAACAGAAUAUUCAGCAAGAUAACAGCGACAAACUUUACAUGGUGAUUUGCGUGCUACAUUCAUUUACAAAGCUCACUGAAGGAGUUCCAUCGAGUUCCCCGUUCGCGCCACAAUUCUUCUGGAUUGGAUUUGCUCUGUCUCUAUCAGAUAAUGUCAUUCUCUAUCAGUAUUCGAUAAAAAUCAUGAAUGCUGCACUCAAAAAGGUUGCUAGCUACUUGAGUGAAGCUGACAUGGAGAUCAGGGACUACCUUUUCGACCACAGGACGGUUUUCGAGGGUUUUCUGGAGGAACUCGAGUCACUUCAUGAUAUCGACGUUUCUAAAGAACAUUUUGAUGUUUUGAUGACAAGCAUUUGUUCCAAAGGCCUCCAGAUUCCAUUUGCAACAGAUCCUACCUUUGGCUGCCUUGAAACACUCUUAUCCGCUAGGUAUCGAGAAAGCAUGAAAUUUGUUAAAAAAUACCACCGGCAGUUUGAUCUAAACACAAUAUCUUACGCAUUUUACCUAUUUGUUUUCUCUCAAAAUGACUCCGAACUUAUGACUACGCUAUACGAAUGCGGUAUGAGAGAUUUCGAAAUGGUGAGAAUAAGUGAUAGCUAUCAUAUCCCAAAAUUCUUCCUCGAUUUUUGCGAUACAGAUACUCCCGAUGUUUAUGUGAACGCGUUCAAUUUAUGCCGUUGCUUCAACGCUCAAAAGGGUGACGAAACUAUUAUCUAUAAAUGCUUGAAGCUCUACGAUAUAAUUAUUGAGAGAUAUCCUAAAAUUGCCUGGCGUGCGUUCAACUUGAUGAUCAAAACAAUGAGAAGAGUAGCCGAGACUUCUUCGUCGACUAGGUUAUUGCACACCACUCUGAAUACGAUUUCGAGUAUGAUCACAUCGCCGGAAUAUAAACACCGAAACACGUAUGCACAGGAGCUUCUCCUCAAGGUGGAUGAGGCUGGUCUCAGCGGAAUAAAGGCUUGGGAGUUCAUGUACACAGAUCGCUCAUCAGAGCUUCUCAAUACUUUGGAGAUCAAACAAAAAUCAAAGAGAGACAAGCUAAUCAAAAUACUGGUGGAGAAGAUCACGGCAGCCCACAUACAGGAAGAGUGA